AUUGAUUUGAAUCUAGCGUCUUGGGGUUCAACUGGUGGUUGGAUACCAAAUUCGAAUUCUUUAAUAACAAAAAAGGCAUGUAGUAUUAUGAAAAAUCUCGGAGGAAACGCAUGGUUUACAUUUAUAAAGGGGUUUAACUUUCCAACUCAUAGCUGUCCACUACCAACGUGAUGAUGUUGUGACGGUUUGAACUUGAAGGAGCGACAUUUUGCUGGUUCAGCGAUGUUUGACAAAAUGCAAAGUCUUAGAUAUUGUCGUCUAGGCCAUUGGACCGCUGGUGAUGAUCAGCAUGGUAGGGCAAGGUAAAUGAAAGCACAACACAUAAUAUUACUAUUGUUGUAUUAAAAUAUUAAAUUAUGUUUUUGAUGUAUGUUAUAAGGUAUAGUAUUAUUGAGAGGGAAAACUAAGUUUGCAAUAUUGUUUAGGGGGUUUAAACAAUGUAACUUUACAACCAUCAGGCACACCUAAACUGGAAAUAUAUAUAUAUUAUACUAACGAUUUUUCGCUCAAUCGAACAUAUUAUUUUCUAACCAUUUAUGUUCUAUCAUUACCGCUAGUACGUGCAUAAUCGUAUUAUGAAAAACAUAAAACGCGAUUACCGCUAUACUUUACCAUAAUACGAUUCAAAUGUGAUAUUAUGUGCAAAACAAAUAAUAGCCUGAGGCGCAUAUCAUUUUUUUAGUAUCUAUUCUAUAGUCCCCCCUACGAUUUUUUUCCACUUUGUCCAUACUGCUUUACAAUAUAUUGACGAAUCUAAUGAAUGUAUGGUAUUUUUAAGAUAAAUAUUUUUAGAUAUUAUACACUUUAAUCAUAGUUAUUUUUACCAACACUGCACAAAUGGAUUAUGUACAAUUUAUACCUAUAUACUUAAUAUAAUUUUAGUCGGAUUCAGUUUUGCACACGUCGGAAACGUACCAUACAGGUGCACACACGAAAUGUUUAGAAAACGUCAAAUUAUAAAUAUGAGAUUUGACUAUAAAAAAAAUGCACAGCGCAAUCUGUAUGCCAGCCAAUUUAUUAUAAGAAGUGGAGGAUGAAUCUCGGGAAUGACGAAACCAUUGAAUGGAUCUCUCCAUCUCAAUUCCAAUUACAAGAACAACCGUCACAAUGGUCCAAAUGCAUUGCCAGAUUUAUUCGUUUGAAAACUACAUAUUGGAACAGAAGAUAUGCAAUAGUUUUGCUUGGACUUACUGGUAUCGCCAUUUCGUGGAUUCAAUUUAUUUUAUAUCCAUGUUCGGUUUCUGUGUUUAAUGAAAAUAUGAAAAAACAAAAUAAAAUUCACACUGCCGAUUAUAAUUGUUCAACCUACAAAGUUAGUGGAUAUUUUAUGGGGUUAAUACCUAGUGGUGUUCUAGCCACUGUUUAUCCUCCUCACAAAAUUUUAGGGGUUUCUAUCGUCUUAUUUUCGAUUGGUCAUAUAAUUCUACUCAUGAGUAUGAAAUAUUUAAGCGCUUACAUGCAUUGUUUCACACAAUAUUACACAUCAAUGGCAAUGGCCACGAUUAUUUUGUCAGUUCACGGAACUUUGGUAUAUUCAGUUCCACCGAACAAACAGUCAAUACGUCAUGUUCCAAUAAUAUUGUGCUGGAUGAUAUGUAAUGGUGGAAGUCUCAGACCUGCUACACUCAACGAAAACAACUUAUUUUUUUAUGCGGCAACUCUAUUGUUUGGAGUGAUUGGAUUGCUGUGGUAUCUUUCUUGGUUGUAUAUGUUCAAUGGAAAUCGACUUUAUCGGAGCCUGAAAUCGCGAUAUUCAUCUAAUUUUUCAGACAUACCAUGGAAAUCGUUUUUCACUUCAAAGCCCUUGCUUGCGAUUGCCUUAUUAUACGCUUGUGAUGAUCAGCUUAAUCAAACAAUUGAUAGUGUUGUUUACGAAAGCGAAAUGUUGGAGUUGAGAAAAUACACUAUAAUGUUAUUGUUGCUUUUCGUCGUCCUGGUCGAGAUAAUUCCAGAAAUCACAGUGUCCAUUUCCACCAUCAGCGUUAGAAAGUUUUGGAGUUGCUCAUAUUUUAGUUUAAUGGGUAUAUAUUUUUUUCUGAAAGCCAUUUUAGGCUACAGUCAAAAAACAGAUAGAAUAUGGUAUUGUAUUUUAAAAGAAAUGAAAUAUCUUUAUAUUUUUGGAUUUUACUUAAACCACUUAGAUAUUGCACCAAAAUAUGCUAGCUUACUUUAUAGCUUACUGCUGGCCAUCAAUUGUAUUUCCAAGUUUUUGUUGGACAAUGUCGUAAAUAUUUUAUUCAGUUCUUGGAUACGUAAUGAAGUCGAAACUGGUAUCUUCAAGGGGACAGUAUAUUUUGCGGUAGCUGUGUUUUAUGACAUUUUUGCUUCUGCGGAUGUACAACCAUGGGCAGCAAAUAAUCCAGUAGAAGGAAAUCAACAACUUAUGGUUGAAAUCAAUAAUUAUAAUAAUUAUUAACCAUGUACAUGUAAUAUAAGGAUUGUACAUUGAAAUAACAUUAUUAUUAUUAAAUA